UUUGCCCUUCAGACUUGAUGACUGCAAUUACAUUCACACUGCUUUCAAAAAAAGAAAAAAAGAAACGUUCACACGUCUUCCUCGACCAGCACAUUCUCACUCUAGAUCUAGAUCUAGAAUUCCCAAAAAAAACCCAGGCCAAGGUUUUCGAGUCUCCAUAGCUCGGAUCAACCAUUCUUAAUUUCAAACAUCUGCUCCCUUCUGCACAAAUCUCACCGCUGUAUCUAACUUUCUCUUUAUCUUUGUUCUGCUCCACCGCCGCGCUGCCACCAGAUAAAGUUUCCUUUUCGCUCCUUCCUCUUCAUCUCUGCUCCUUCACCGGCGAUAGCACGAGUUUGUGAUGUAGAGUAACUUGCAGUGUUUCGAGUUUGUCUCAAAUCGUCAUUUCAAGUUUGUGUCAAAUAAAGAGGGGGCGGAAGAGAGAGAAAGACGCCAAAGUCCUAUUAUGCUCGUUAUUUUACCUUCGCCUCGUCGAUUGCGGAGUUGUUCGUUAUCCUUAUCCUCCAAUGGCUCGUCCUCCUCUCCUUCCUCGACCUGGAGUUACAGUUGGCAUGGUUCCGCAAAUGCCAGGCCUCCUUUUUUGGGACAUCGUCCUCCAAUGACUCUCCCAAUUGUUAGGCCCCCUGUUGUUCCAGUUGUUAUGCCAGCAGAGAAACCACAAACUACUGUUUAUGUUGGCAAGAUAGCCUCUUCGGUGGAGAGUGAUUUCGUACGUUCACUCCUUGAGUUAUGCGGACCAAUAAAGAGUUGGAAGCGAUCUCAGGAUCUGUCGGAUGCAACACCAAGAAGAUUUGGUUUCUGUGAAUUUGAAUCUGCUGAAGGGGUUCUCCGAGCUCUACAACUGCUGAGUAAAUGCAUUAGAGCUUCCUUCUGUUCCAGUUGCUAACGGAAGUGAGACACCUGCCUCACUCUCACCUGAAUUUACUGCAAGUGAGACUAAAGAUGAUAUGGAACACGAUCAUGAUUCUGCUCCUGCUCUUGCUUCUGCUCCUGUUUCGGUUCCUUCUCUUGCUCCUGAUCCUGCAAGCCAUACUAGCCUUUUGUAUGUCUCGUGAGGAUGUGCAUCAAAUCCAUUUUUGUGUAUUUUCUGAUGGAGCAAUCCAGUUGCUAGGUUAAAGUAAGUUGACUUGAUAAGACCUUCUACUGUUGAAGUGAACAAUUGAUUUUGUAGAUUACUAUGGCGAUGUAAUUUAAGCACUGUGAAUCAUAGUUUUUGAUAGUUGGUGAUCUUAGUAGUUGUAGAAAGUUAUUUGUAGAUUUAUUUGGAUCUAAAUAAAAAGUUCAAAUGCCAUCAAAUUUGGUUUGAGAUAUAUGAUUGCCACUGGGAAUUCUCUUACUAAUUCCAUACUUUUUUUCUUAUGUAAGGUUUGACUCAUUGGCUCACGACUCUUCUUUGGCUCAGUGCAUGCAUAUGUUAGUGUCUUAACGACCAUUGUACAAAGUCUAUGCCAUUUAUGUGUAUAAUUGUGUGUGAAAUGAUGAUGGCUAAAUGUUAGAAGAGAAACUUCUAUGUGUAUUUUUUGUAUGCAUAUUGAUAGUCAUUUCGAGUAAUGGUCAGCAUUUUUGGAAUUCCAACUGAACCUAAGGGAGUUUCUUAAAGAAAUUGGGUACAAGGACACUGAUCUUAAUUGGGCUGCUGAUGUGAGAUUUUUUCUAACUGUUCUAAAAUCUGGGCAAGUGAGUGGUUCAAUAAUUACGCUCCCGCAUACUUAAUUUCUCCUGGAAAUCUUGGAGUAUUGUACUGAUUUUUGCUUUUUCCUUUGCUGUCGAAUCUCAGUGAUCUACAGCAAUAGCACGAGAGGUUGAGGAAGCAAAUAGAGAAACAGAAGAACAAACACAAGAUGGAACUUGUAACGAUGAAACAGUACAUGGCUGAGAGUAAAUUGCCAGAGUCUGCAUUGAGGCCUACAGUACAAUACGACGAGCCGCUUCCCAUCAAAACUUUCACUGCUCAAGAUGAUGAUGAUGAUGCUUGGAAAGCAGAAUUUGGAGCCAUAUAUCAAGAACACCACCACUACUGAUUACUGAAGUCUGUGCAUUUGAGUUUUAGAUGUUGCUAUAUGAUAAUGCCUUUGUUGACCCUUCUUGGGUCAUGGUGGUAUUCUGGUGUGUACAAACCAACCAUGUUCAUCUCCAAUUCAGUUGGGGUCACAUUAUGAUGAAUUUGUUGUCAAAUUGCCCAAGAACCAGGAGGCUAGUACCUAGUACCAAUGCAUCAUUACGCUAGUAAUUUGUUUUUUUUGUAAAAUAAAUAUACUAUUCGCAGCGCGCAUCAUUAAGUGAAUGUUGCGAAUAACUUGAGACAUUUGCCUUUGAAAA